AUGGGACUGUGCAAAAGCAAAGCCAAGCCCCGGAGAGGUAAAGGCGCCGCUGCGCUGGUCCCCGUCCCGCGCCAGGCCACAGCCCCGGGCCCGCGGAGAGGCGGGCUGACGGCUGCUGCUGCGUGCGUUUCAGGUGAGGAGCGGAAGAGAGCCCCCGCCCCUACUGUCCCGAAGUGCGAGGAGCGGCCGACGGAGGAGCCCGCUGACUGCCCGCACCCGGGGGCGGAGACUGCCGGGCCUCGGCGGGCGGGCGCCGCCUGUGCAGAGAAACCUGAUGCACAGCAAAAGUCAAGCAAGAAAAGUGUUGUUCCAGAGAUCAUCAUCACUCAAGCCUCAAACGAGACUCUUGUCAGCUACAGUUCCACCGGAAGUAAAGAGCAGAGAACGAUUCGGGAACAGGCUGAUUGGGGCCCCUACCAUCGGCACAGGAACCCCAGUACAGUAGACGCCUAUAGUUUGGAUAUCAAAGAAUGAACAAGCGCCCCCGAGUAGCUGUCAUCAUUCACUGUGACAUGAGUCUCAGCCAUGAUGGCAGGAGGGCUGCCGUGCCCCAUGGAAAGCUGCAGGUGCCUCUUCUUCAGUGCAUAAGCUUCUGCCCCAGUGACCACCCUGGUCUUACCUUCCCCAGAGCUGCUGGCAGCUUGGUGGAAAGCAAGAGUGACUGGCUCAGAGAGUGAACUCUAGUAUAAGCAUCCCUGCUGGAACUGGCUGGCUGUGCAGAGUGGUGGGCAGAUAGCAGGUGGCAUCUUACACUCUGACUCAUGGUGGGCAGUUAAAAUCCUUUCCAUUCACUUCUGAAUGAAUACAGUCUAAGUACUUGGAAGUGAUAGAGAGUGAGAUGUCCUCCAAACUUAGGGAAGAGUUCAGAUUCUGUGGGCUAAACUUUUAAGGUGUAAUGUUCUAGAAGGGAGAGGUGCAAAGUCAUGUAACAGGGGCCCAAGGGCUCACA